AUGACUACUACCGCCGCUAUCAUUCCACAUGAAGUAAAAACUUCUGUUGAAGAGCAAAAUUAUCCUUUUAAACCAAAUUGUGGUCCACGUUUGCCUAUAUAUUCCAACCUGAGUGACUCGGCUCAACAAUUUGAACAAAACAUGGUUUGGGAACCUCUUGGAGCUGAAAAAUCUUUUGACUUGAACAAUUAUAUCAGUUAUGCAAGAUUUUCAAAUUUCUCUUGCGAACCCUCUUAUUUCACCGUUUCCUCAAGACAAUACAACACCAAUCCUCUUGCAAAUUCACGUUACUAUGAUCAUCUCGUUAACGGUGGAGGUUCCUUCAAUGGUGGAAGUGGCACAAAGUUGAAUGGUUGUACAACCAACAUCGAAAAUGAAAGUUUGGCUCCGCAAAAACAAGGUCAAAUUUACAACAUCAUGCCCAAGCUUCCUCCUUCCUCUUCGGCUUGGUCUUCAUUUGAAGAUUUAAACACUCCAACAACUGCAACCACGAACUCUACCGCCACCUCCCGUUGUUCAACGCCUGCCAAUAAUUCCGGGUUAUCUUUCAAUGAACAAAUCAAAUUGGAACCCUUCGUGGCGCAGCAACAUAAGGAUGUUCUGAAUCCCACUCCACUCAAGUCUCGUCCCCCUUUCCAAGAUUUAACCACUAUUAAGAAACGCAUUUCGGUGACCGACUUGUCUCCGAGUCUUCGUGGAAAUGGUGUUCAAGCUUUUGAUAAUAAAGGUUGUAGCAAUAAUGGUGCCGUCAACGCCAACAAUAAUCAGCAACACACCAAGAUUCGACGUAGCAGUAAUACUACAAUCAUGUCUAACGCUACCGUAAUGUCUGACACGACUUCUGAGCAAUCAGAUAAGUCUACCGCCAUUGAAUCAGAGAAAGAACAAAAGAAGGCAACCUUAUAUAAAACUGAAAUGUGUCGAAAUUGGGAAGAACGAGGUUCUUGUCGGUAUGGUUCGAAGUGUCAAUUCGCACAUUCGACCAAUGAAUUACGCAUAGUUCAACAUCAUCCAAAAUACAAGACCGAGAUCUGCAACACAUUUUGGCAGAAUGGAACUUGUCCUUACGGCAAGCGAUGUUGUUUCAUCCAUAAUGAUCAGGAACGACUCCUCCUUUGCAAGAGACGAAACAGUGCCGAUAAUUUGAAGAAUUCAAGUAAAAAGGAAAAGUCCAAGGGAUUAAGCAAAUUCGGAAGUGAUUCGGCUCUUUACGGUUCUUACUUAAGCGAUUCGUCAAAUUCUUCAAAUGGUGCCCAAAUUCCAUCAACACCUUCAAUGAGUCCAAGUGAAACAACACCAUCAUCUUCCUCAAAUGAUGAUUCACUUCGAGCCUUUGCGGAUGCUUAUUUCUCACCCAGUCACAACACUUCCAUGCCAUCCGAAACCAUUGAUUCAAACAAAUCUUCACCAUCAACCAUUCGUGACGAUGACAUCACGGCUUCAUCCAAUCCAAGCCCCAUCAAAACACCGUCAAAAAAGAGAAACACAAACUUUCCAUGUACAGGUGUUCUCGGAUUCAGAAAUCAACUUAAUGAUGAGAACGAUGAAAUCUCUGCUUUCGUUGAUGACCCGUUGAUGUCGAGUGCUUUUUUGAACGAUGCAAUGGAUGACGGAGCAAAAUCUCUUGUAAAUUUUGGUGCUUUUCCAAAUGAUUUGUUCUCAAGAGUUGAAAAGAAUUCUCGUUCACAAGAACGUCGAAGAGCAUCAUCAAAAGCUUUGUGUAAAUUGGAAACUUCAAUCAAUUCAAUCAAUUCUGUUUCAAAAAUUAAUGGUGAUUUGGCUUUGAAAGAACGAAAU